AUGCCCUCGAUCUACACCCUUGAUCAUGGCGACGCGGACAAGGAACAGCAGCGUCUUGACUUUCAACAUGACAUCUUCAAAGCUGUCACACGCGAUGACCUUCCUCGCGUCAUCUGGCAGCACCUGAACUCACUCUCUGCGCCCAAAAUUGCAGACGCAAAUACCGGCACCGGAAUCUUCCUAAAGGACCUCGCACCUAGAGUCGUCAAAGAAGCACAGCUAGAUGGCUUCGACAUUGAUACCAGGAAGUUUCACGAUCCCGUAUCUUUGCCGGCGAAUGUCAAAUUACAAUAUGGAAAUGUGCUGGAGCCAUUUCCGAAAGAGUAUUUAGCGCUGAAGAAGGACGAGUGGCUACAAGCUGUGAAGAAUCUCAAGACACUUCUCAAACCGAAUGGGUAUCUGUUCUGGUCCGAGAUCGGAGCCUACGGAUAUGCCAGCAACCCAUAUUCUGCUGCCCUUCAUGAGUGGAAGAGGAUCGAGUCCACAGCGGCCGUCAAGUUUGGACGUGAUCCCAAGUGUCCUGUCCUCUUGCCGACUCAAUUCCAGGCGGCUGGUCUGGAGCAAGUCGACGAAAAGGUCUUCGUGACACUGGGAAGACCUGAUCUUACACCAACCAUUACCAGGGUGGCUUUGGAGUACAUGGCACAGAGUCUCCAUGGCAUUCAGCUGUUGGAUCAGGACGAAACCUUGGGGCUGACUGAGAGCGGGAUAAAGUCACUGGUAGAAACGCUCACCGAGGAAACUGAGGACGGAAUCGAGGUGGGGACUAAUUUGCACUGGGUUUGGGGUCAAAACAGUGGCAACGAGUAG